CGCUGGACAAUUGCUGGGGGUUUAUAGACGGUACAGCACGUCAAAUUUGUCGCCCGACAGUUGAGCAGCAAGAACACUUUUCAGGGCACAAGAGGCACCACGUGCAAAAGUAUCAGGCUGUGAUGUGCCCAAAUGGAAUCAUUUGCCAACUGGAUGGGCCUUUCAAGGGGCGGCGUCAUGAUGCGGGCAUUCUCAAGGCAACCAAGUUAUAUGAAAACCUCGAGAAGGUCACAAUGGGCAACAAGUUCGUGAUUUAUGGCGACCCUGCCUACCCUUUGCUCCCACUCCUAUACAAGCCGUUUGGAGGCACCACCCUGCAACCUUACGAGGCAUUUUUCAAUAAGGGGAUGAGCAGGGUGCGGCAAGCUGUGGAGUGGGGGUUUGGCAAGGUUGCCACAGAGUUUGCCUUUGUGGACUUCCACAAGAAUAAAAAAAUGUCGCGUCAAUGAGUCGGACGUAUGUACCGUGUGGCAACACUUCUUGCCAACUGCCACACAUGUCUGUACGGCAGUCAAGUGUGCGACUUUUUUGAUCUUUGCCCCCCUUCACUUGAUGAGUACUUGGUGCCGUGUGUCAUGCAAGAGGCACAUACAGGGGCCGUAUUCUAAAAUGUCCACUUCGACGAUAGUUUGCCUUUCGCCUUCAGGCGUGCACUGAUUGGCUGCUUCAGCAAAAUUGGAUGAGCUGAUUGGCUCGUUGAGCCCAGCGUCAUUCAAUUUUGCUCAACCAGCCAAUCAGCGUGCGCCUGAAGGCGAAAGGCAAACUAUCGUCGAAGUGGAACAUUUCAGAAUACGGCCCCAGGAGCAUUCAAAAUGUGUAAGCUAAGGGGGGGGGUUUCGUCUAAGACACAUUUACCAGGCGUACUGGCAUGUUAUUUUAAGGCUUAUUUUCUUCCUUAUAUGAAAGUCGGGGCC